AUGACUCCUCGUAGAGUCAAAGUGUCUAUCCUUGGUCCCGAGCGGGGUCCCACGGGGUCACCUCAUCGGGAGACCGAACUUGAAAAAGAAACCACGCUCGCUCACAAUUUCGAGCGUGGUGCCCACCCUAACUCUCACACAGAGCCGUAUAAUCCACCCCCAUUGACGCCAUCCGAGGCCCUCCGCCUUAAACAUCAGCACCUCCAAUCCAUCUCCGUCUUAUCCGACCAAUUUGGAGCAAAGAUCGUCGAUGUGAGCGAGAACAGCGUCAUUGUCGAGCUCACUGCAAAAACGAACCGCAUCGUUGCGUUCUUGAAUUUGGUCAAACCAUUCGGAAUCUUGAAAUCAGCUCAGACUGGUUUUAUGACACCCAUCAUGCAUUCCUAG